UAUAUUAUAUAAAUGGCGCCAAAAUUAACAACAAUAUCAGCUGUUGAGGUUGAGAUGAUUGCAUAUUUUCAUUCUGAUGUGAGCGCGUUACGUUACUGCCCCAAAGAUGAAAUUAUCAUGCAGCGUUUUGACCGUCAACCGCAUUUGUACUGCAGCUAGUCAGGCCAAAAAGAAAUAUGUAAUUUCAACUUUAGCUUUAUGCAAAAAUCCCAAGUCUUCAGACUACUGUGUUUUGCUGUUCUCCUCGCAGAAUAAAAAUGGAGACAAAUACGAACUUAAAAAUAUCAGUAAGGUGUUAACACGAUUUAUAAACGAAGGAAAGGCAACGAUCCAAUUUAAAGCACCUCCGCAUGAUUUAUGCAUUCAAGCUGAUGUGAUACUGUUAAAAAGCUUCCUUCAUCUUCUCAAGCGUGCUCUCGAAAAUAAACUAACCGACAAAGAACACUUGUGUUCCACUAUGUCUGUGACACAAUCUGCAAUAAAACCACCUGUUAAAAAAUUAGUGAUAUUAAAUCGCUCCGAUUAUCCGACCAAAGGAUUCCCAAGGACACUGGAAAUUUUACACAUCAAUGACAUAGGACGAUGCUCUCUGGACCGUGGCAUACUGCAAUUAACCAAACUACGAUUACUAGAUCUAAGUCACAAUUGUAUCGAAUACUUGCCAACCGAAAUGAACAACUUGCCCAAUCUUAACGAAUUAAAUCUUUCUCAUAACGAAUUUGGUAAAAGUUCCUUGAGACAAUGGUCAUGGAUUGGCGGAAACUUAUGCAAAACUUUGAAAUUAUUAAACAUUAGCGAUAAUAAUCUAAGCAUAUUACCUGAUCAACUUGUAAAGCUACACUCGUUAAUAUCUCUACAUGUUGAGAACAAUCAAAUUAAAACUCUUCCAUCCGGCAUUGGCAGUUUACGACAUUUGAAAUUCUUUACAGCAUCGAAUAACCAGAUUUCUGUGCUACCGGGAAGUACGCGGACGUGGACCUUACAAACCCUAGAUUUAUCCCACAACAGAUUUGAUACAAAUCAACAGGGUAAUCCGGCAGCAAUUUACCCAAAACCACUACCUGUGCGUACGCUUAAGGAUUAUGCGGCACGUCGUGUUCUACACUUACGGUUGGCAUACUCGCCAGAUACUGUGCCGAGAACUGUAGUGGAUUACUUAGACUAUGCCAGGUAUUGCGUGUGUGGCCAGGCAUGCUUCGAUAUUUACAUCCGACAAUCUCAAAUGUUGUUGCUAGCUUCUGUGGCACAAACUUUCUGUAUAUCAUCAGGUAUGGUUUACAUUCCGGUUGACUGCUAUUUCUGUACACUCAAGUGUUUUGGGUCUACACAUUAUAAUCGUGCGCGACAGCCGAUUAUUAGAUAGGACGCAUUUGACUUGAGCUAAUUAUGUAAUUAGUUGCUACACAUGAUUACAGUUUAAGACAUUUCAUGUACAUGGUCUGACUAUACAUAUAUUAUAUAUGUGAUUGCGGGUGCUCUAUUUACUAAGAUGUAUUUCUAUAAUGUUAAAAGUUUGCAAUUUUACUCUACUAUACAGGGUGUUAAAUUUUGAUGUUAUUGUUAGAUGUGCAUAAUUUAGCAUGGUCUUGUAUCUUAAAUUUUUAAACUUCCUACACGUCUACUUUCAACUUUUAAUGUGCAGUCGCAUUUCAAUUUACUGUUUUGGAUUUUGAACUGUAGUAUAAAUCACGUUAAUUAAAGUUGUCUUGUUUAUAA